AAACCAAACCCCGAGGAAAACACGCCCACCCCUCCUUUCUUUCGUCAGAGAGAAAGACUGAAAGAGGCGACUCGGCCGAGAGAGAGAGAGGACAGAGACGGAGCCUCGCAAAGACUGCGGCUUUAAUUCGAACGCGCUCGCCUCCGUCCUCCUCCCCCUCCCCAUCUCGAGCCCUCCGCCACAGUACCAGCAUCACGCCAAACCCCCAUCCCCUAUCUAUCCGAGGGGAGGUCAAACCAGCCAGCCCCCCCUUCUUCUCCGGCCGGCCGCUCCGAUCGCCGCCUCCCUCCAUCCACGCCUCCCGAGUUGUUCAUUGCAACUUUGUGCAGCAGCAGCAGCUGCUGCUCUUGUGAGAGUGCAAUACAAGGUGUAGUGGAGGUUCAUGAUUCUGCAUCUAUAGGUUUGGUCAUGGCGUCAGCUGCCUAUCUUGACGACAUUGAUGCUGAAGUUAUCGACCCUCCAAAGAUUGAGAUGUUAGAUGUCACAGAACUCGUCGGUGAUCUUAUCGAGCACUCACCGAAACCAAAUGUCAUAGUUUCUAGCAAUGUGCGUGAGCUAUUGGAAUGCCCUGUGUGUUUGGUCGCCAUGUAUCCUCCAAUUCAUCAGUGCUCCAAUGGUCAUACCAUUUGUUCUGGAUGCAAGCCAAGGGUUCAUAAUCGCUGUCCAACUUGCAGGAGUGAAUUGGGUAACAUAAGAUGCCUUGCUCUAGAGAAGGUUGCUGCCUCUCUAGAGGUUCCAUGCAAGUUCCAGAACUUUGGAUGCGUGGGAAUAUAUCCUUAUUAUUGCAAGCUGAAGCAUGAAUCACAGUGCCAAUACAGACCCUACACUUGCCCAUAUGCGGGAUCUGAAUGCACUGUCACUGGUGACAUUCCGUAUCUAGUGAAUCACUUGAAGGAUGAUCAUAAGGUUGACAUGCACAGUGGAAGCACCUUUAAUCAUCGCUAUGUCAAAUCAAAUCCUCAUGAAGUUGAGAAUGCUACAUGGAUGCUUACGGUUUUCAGCUGCUUUGGGCAGUACUUCUGCCUGCACUUCGAGGCGUUCCAGCUGGGCAUGGCGCCGGUCUACAUCGCCUUCCUGAGGUUCAUGGGAGACGACGCCGAGGCCAAGAACUAUACCUACAGCCUGGAGGUCGGAGGCAUCAACCGUAAGAUGACCUGGCAGGGCAUUCCUCGGAGCAUCAGGGAUAGCCACAGGAAAGUGCGGGACAGCUACGACGGGCUCAUCAUCCAGCGCAACAUGGCCCUGUGCUUCUCCGGCGGCGACAGGAAGGAGCUCAAGCUGCGGGUCACCGGGAGGAUUUGGAAGGAGCAGUGAGUUAGUGAACUUUAGCUGCAUGCUAGUGAAGGUGUGUCCGUUCGUUUCGUUCUGGCGAUCCGAGAUGAACGUAUUGCGGGAGGACUUCAUUAGGACUAGGGGUAAUGGUGUGUAGACCGUGUUAGCUUCGUGGUAGUUGGAGAUGUUUCCAUGGAUGGUUGUCAUGCGGAUUGAGGUGGUACUGAUGUGGCAGAGCUGAAGGCAAAUCUCCUGAUUUGCUUUGAACAAGAGCUGGAUGGCUGGCCACUGCGCCGCCGUUUUGGCGAGGUCUUGUUGGUGACUCUUGGACUGUAAAUGAUGUAGCCCCUCUCUAGUAUGAGACUCGUAUCUAUCUAUGUCAGACGUAGAAAUGUUCUGAACUUCUGACGCUGGUAUAUGAAUGAGACUCGUAUCCAUCAA